UAGAAGUCUGGGGGAAAGGUGUCGUUUGACAACGGUUGCACAAACAGCCAAGUGCUUUUGCCAUCAGUAAUUUGGAAAUAACAUGAAAUAAAUGCACAUGGGAUUGCAGGUGGUGAACAAUUUGAAGCUGUUUUUCUCAUGGGGGAAAGGUAAACAUGAGGGAAACCGUCAGUGGAUUAGCUUUGGGGAUCAUCCGAUAGAAUUGGAACGAUGCAGAGAAGAUGAGCAUAGCCUUUCUGGGACUUCUGGACUUAAUUUUUGAAACCUACGUUUGCAGUGUAGGCUGUACAAAAGAUGUGCCAAAGCGAGGACCUUAAUUAGCUCGGUGCUGCAGGGCUGCUGGUGUAGGCUGAUUCGCUGCUUCGCGAUGUGACCGAUCGCAGCGAUCAAGUCCUGCAUCCUUUGAUGUUUGGUGAAACUGAACCAUACUGACCCCGUUAUGUUGAGUAUACCCUGGGAACAGUGACCACACCAGCGUUUUGUUCUUUGCACGGCUUGUGUGGUUCAUUAGCCGAGAGCUAACAUGAAUGAUGUUUUCUGCUCAAGCAGAGGAUUGUGCGAAGCUUUCACUCGCGGUCACUUCUGCAUCAUGUUGGGAGGGUUGUACCCGGCGGAGCAGGGAACCCUGAAGCGUUUGAUGGAAAAGAAGAUGACCGAAGGCCAUGAGAGUUUCAACGACACGGAGAAGGAAUCCUAUGGACGCUUGAUCGUAAAAGCCGAGCAGUGGGAGGUGAAAGAGCUUCAAGAUGAACUGAAGCAGGAGUUAAAUGCCAGCCAAAAGGACGAGGAGGUUCCUCCCGUUGAGCUUCAGGCUGAGAGUGCAAAGCAGAGUGUUUGUGGAGAGUGUUCAAUCCUUUAAAGGUGACAGCCGGGUUAGUUUCGCCUCAUUCGUUUCACGCGAACUUUGUAAAUUAAUUCGUCCAAUUUCGCUGGUCAUGGGAACCUCUGAGACUGCAGGCAAAAUGAGAGACCUGGGACCGACCGUUCCGCCGUUCCGCCGUUCCGUGCUGGGACGCCC